AAAUGAAUUUUAUAGAACAUGAAGAUCAAACAAAUUUCUCUGUUUCAAAAUUUUCUUUAGAUUUACAACGGAAAACUCCUCAUUUGAAUUCAAAUCCCGGAUAGUGGACAGGACUUCUACCUGCAUUACCUCUCUUCGCUCUCUACGCAUAAAACCCCAGACAUUCCACACUCACACAGGUUUUCUCCAAGAUCUGAUUCAAUAGUUUCAGUAACAACACACCGAGCAAAGAUCAUGACGGCGGUGCCACAAUCGACUGGACGGGAGCUGACCAGCCCUCCAACCGAUGGCAUAUCAAAUCUCCGGUUUUCAAACCACAGCGACAACUUAUUGGUUUCGUCUUGGGAUAAGAGUGUUCGACUGUACGAUGCAAGUGCCAAUGCACUGAGAGGAGAGUUCAUGCACGGAGGUGCUGUGCUUGAUUGCUGCUUCCACGACGAUUCCUCAGGGUUCACUGCUUGUGCUGACCACACUGUUAGAAGGCUGGUGUUCAAUCAUAGCAGGGAGGAUAUUUUGGGAAGGCAUGAUGCACCAGUUCGAUGUAUUGAAUACUCAUAUGCAACCGGCCAAGUUAUUACUGGUAGUUGGGACAAAACCCUGAAGUGUUGGGACCCCAGAGGUUCAAGCGGUCAGGAGCGUUCUCUUAUUGGAACAUACACACAACCUGAACGUGUUUACUCUUUGUCUCUUGUUGGCAAUCGUUUGGUAGUAGCCACUGCUGGAAGACAUGUUAAUGUGUAUGAUCUUCGGAACAUGAAUCAACCUGAACAACGGAGGGAAUCGUCACUGAAGUACCAAACCAGAUGUGUGCGAUGCUAUCCCAAUGGAACAGGUUAUGCUCUUAGUUCUGUGGAAGGACGAGUUGCCAUGGAGUUUUUUGAUCUCUCUGAGGCUGGUCAAUCCAAAAAAUAUGCAUUCAAAUGUCAUCGUAAAUCAGAAGCUGGAAGGGAUAUUGUGUACCCAGUAAAUUCUAUUGCGUUUCACCCCAUCUAUGGUACGUUUGCUACUGGAGGUUGUGAUGGUUAUGUCAAUGUAUGGGACGGGAACAACAAGAAGAGGCUGUAUCAGUACCCAAAGUACCCAACAGGCAUUGCAGCUUUGUCAUUUAGCAGAGAUGGGAGAUUGUUGGCUGUAGCAUCGAGUUAUACGUACGAAGAGGGAGACAAACCCCAUGAACCGGAUGCUAUAUUUGUCCGCAGUGUGAAUGAAGUUGAAGUCAAACCAAAACCCAAAAUGUUGCCCAAUCCAGCUACAUGAAGGAAAAUUUGUUUGACUCAACUAGUUCUGUAAUAUUUAUGAAUCAUAUGUUAGUGUGAACUGUAGUGUGAUAUAGUUUCUAUUGUCAUUGUCUCGUUGAUUCCUUUCUUGGACAAGCUAUUUCUGAUCCUCCAAUGCCCACUUGAGAUUUAAUC